GACGAUGAUGUGGAAUCAGAACUAUUGCGUAUCCUGGAAAAAGCCAACAACGGGGUGACAUUGGAACAUGAGACACAUAGCCAUGUCGACCCGGUGACAAGCACAGCGGUGCCCGACUUUCAAACUGUGGAAAAGUUUCGCGGAAACAAGAAAAGGAAAUACCGACGUCUCUUGAAGAUGUCCGAUCGUCCGGAAAGCUUUGGUGCUCCGAUUUUCAAUCCAAUUCAGCAUGUCACUCGUCAACCGCACUUUUCACGUCGUACCAUACCACCUCCCAAAAUGAAGACAGAUACUACUCGAACCCUCAUCGUUGCCUCACCAUUCUAUUAUCCAUUUGGAUUACCAACUUCGCAAUCACAGCAAAUCGCAACUUUACCCAUGCAGCAGAUGAUGCAGCCUUUCAAGAUGCGGAUU